AUGCGGGCUUCUCCGGCUGGCAGGAAUUUUGCCCGCGGAUCCUGUCGAUGGGGCCAAAACUGCCGCUUCUCGCACGACAGAAAGUCAGCCCAGAUCUGCAGGUACUUCCAGAGCGGGUUUUGCAGCUAUGGAGAGCGGUGCAGCUACCAUCGCAUCCAAGAAGAGCCGGUGCCAGUGGGGACCCGCUAUGGCCCCGUGCCCACCCAGCCCCCCAGCCGCUGGGGCUCGGAGCCCGGCCGUGUGCCUGCAGCAGUGGCCCGGGGCUGGGGGGGAGCCCGGCGCAGCUCAGCCCACCCUGUCCCCAGCAUGACGCACGUGGCCUUCAAGUUCCCAAGCGUGGAGGUCCCCACGGAGCUGGGCGCUGCGGCAGCCCCGGUCUCCACCGCAGUGCUGAGGGCCCGGAGCGAGGCCGUGGUAUGUGGCAUCUGCAUGGACCGAGUAUACGAGAAGCCGCUGCCGGAGGAGCGGCUUUUUGGGAUCCUCCCGAACUGCCGCCAAUCGCAAGUGCGUCACAGCCGGGACUUCCAGAGUGCGGUCAUCAAGGCCUGCCCGGAGUGCAGGGUCACCUCCAGUUACUACAUCCCCCACAAAUACUGGGUCUCGGACGUGGGUGAGAAGGAGAAGCUCAUCGAAACCUUCAAGGCGCGGACGGGGAAAAUCAGGUGCAAGUUCUUUGCCCGGAACCGCGGCCGCUGCCCGUUCAAGUCGGACUGCAUCUACCUGCACGAGCUCAAACCGCGUCUGCUGCUGCUCCCCGUCAUAUGCCAGAGAAACCUCUUCUCCCUGCUCCUCGUGAUGCAAGCUGCGAUGCCAGGGGGCUGCCUUGGCCGGCUGCUCCAGGCCAUGGAGCAGGAUUCCCACGUGGAUCCCUGGGUGCGGACACUGGGGGAUCUGCUCCGGCAGGGAGCGAGGGGAGAAGAGCGCUCCCCACCUCCUGUUCCCUUGUCUUCUGCAUGCCAGCAGCAGCUUAGGUGUCUGUGCUGGAAAGUUGCCCAGAACAAACCAGAGGGGCGAAGAAAGCUGAACUGGUGCUUCAGCGAGCAGCCCGGUGCCGCUGGGGACGUGGCUGACUCUGUGCUUCAAGGUGGGAAGCGCAAGAAAGUGUCGGAGGAGAGCCUGGAGUUGGAUGAGGAGAGAGAGGGGAAGAGGUUGCUGCUAGAGGAGGUGGCGUUUGACCUCCCGGGAACCCAGGAGGGUGGGGAUGCAGCAGGGGUGGAAGAGGAGGAGCCUGGGGAGACUUCGGGGGACAGAUCUGCUCAGAACCUGGCCGGAGCUGCUCUGGAAAGCUCCCAGCAGGAUGUGGCUGGGGAGCCCAGGAAGAUUUCCCAGGCAGAGCUGGCAGCGGAGGUCCAGUCCUUUCUCCAGGUGCAUGGACCGAGGCUGAAAAUGCUGCUGCAGAAGGAGGCCAACCACUCAGAGCUGAGCAUCCCGCCUGAGCUGCACAUCCUGAACAACUGCUCUCCCGGCCAGCUCGAGGGGCUGUGCUCCUUCCUCCAGCUCUCCACGUGCCCGGAGCACCUCCUGGUGUGUUUCUGCAGCUGGCUGCUGGCGCUCACCCCCGACCUCAGCUACACAAGCGCAGCCAUCCUGGCAGAGCAGCUCUUUCUCAGGCGAGUCCUGUCCCUCACCCAGCCGCCCUCCCGCCACCUCAUGGCUGCCCUCGCUUCAUUUUGCUCCAAGUAUUCCCAGCCCUUCUGUCGAGUCCUGGUGGCUGCGGUCCUGCAGGAGCCAGGGGAAGGUGCUGAGCAGACCAAGCUGGUGUGCGAGCUUGUGGAGGAGUGCCUGGAGCCAGACUCUGUGAGACUGGUGCUAAGCCAGGUCCUGGAGGUGCCUUUGUCAGAGAAGCUCCUGCCAGUGGCGCAGGCUGUGCUGGGGCGGCAGGAGGUGCUGCCCCCUGAGCUCUUCGAUCUCCUGGUCCUGACUCUGUGCCGGCAGGCCCCAGCCUUUGCCGCGUCGCUGAAUUACGCCAAGCUGGUGACGGCCGUGCUCACCAUGUACCAAAGCCAAGUCACCCCAGCCCACCGGAGCCGUCUGGCUGCCGCUCUGGAUCAGAGCAAUGCAGCUCUGAAGAAAUCGCUGCAGGCCGUGCUGGAAGGAGCCAGGGAGCAGCAGGCAGAGCUGGCUGGGCUCCCCACAUCUCCGGAUGAAGGGAGGAUGACCAGUCCCCAGGGGCACCCAGAUGGGGUUUUGGUCAGGAGCGAGCAGAGCGUGGAGUGCAUCGGCGAGGUGCCAGGCAGGGACAGGCAGGAGCUGGCUGUGCGCACUGGGGCCAGUGGCAGGACUGAGGAAGAUGCAGAAACGCUGGAGGAGCCGCUGCUGAGUUUCCCCAGCGAGCUCUUGGUGCUGGAGAGACUAGGCUUGCACAGGGUGGCUUUGACAGAGCAGGACGUGGAGGCAGCCUUUGCCCAUCUCGCCCUGGCUUUUCGCUGUGACACAUUCACCCUGCAGCAACGGGUGCAGGUGGAGAAACGGGCACGGGACGCGGCGGAGGAAAACAUCCAGGAGGAGCUGGGGCAGUGCCGGGCUGCCCUGGAGGAGGCCCGGAUGAGCCGAGCAGCGGAGGUGAUGGUCCAGCACGUGGAGAACGUGAAGCGGCACCACAUGAGCGAGUUGGACCUGCAGGGCCAGGGCAGCACCGUGACCAGGGAGCCGGCGGCCGAGGCAGAUGGCAGAGGCUCAAGUGCAGGGGACGAGGAGCCGGAGCAGCUUGGGCUGACGUCCAAGGGGUCCCCGACGGAGCUGUGGCGGCCAUGGCUCUUCCUCCCGCCGAACUACUGGGUUUUCUUCUGGCUGCUUCUCCUGAGCAUCGCCUUCCUCCUCCUUGUCCGCGUCCUGGAGCUGCAGCGGCUGCAGCCUGCGGCAUCACCCAAGGCCUAG